AACUACAGCAUUUUGCAAAACACUACAUCUAACAUCGCCAUGGAUAGUAAAACAAUCCCUGUGUUCCUCCAAAUCCCCGGCGAAAUCCGCAACCGAAUCUACACCUUCGUCCUCCAACGCGCAUCCAUCAAAAUCCGGCCCCCAAUCGGCGACGAAUCCAACCUCCGCGCCGUCUCCCCUCGCAAAGACACAACGGAUGUCUCAGCGAACGUGCAGAGCAACUACCUCAGCAUCCUCCUAACCAACCGCCAAAUCCACACCGAAGCACACCGUCUCCCGUUCUCGCUAAACGUCCUCGACAUCGCAUCCAGUCCCAUCCCAGCGCUGACGUCGUUGUUUUCGCUCGAGCAGCGCAGAGCGGUAGUAUCGCUGUCUCUCGAAGUGUCGUUGAAAUCCACAAAAGUUGAUGUUUACCCUGAUACGGCAACGCGGUAUGAGCGCUCGUGUCCUUCAGCGGAGAUAUCGUCCGCGCACGAUCUGCAUCCCAACACCAUUCCCUUCGCUGUAUACGAAGCAGCGCGGCAAUGCAGCGCCGCGUUCCCAAACGUGCGGACAUUGUUUGUGAAGAGGGUGGUUGUGGUCGAUGAAAUGCAUACUGAUCUUCGCAUCCGCACUGCGCUGGCGCCUGGGAUUGAUAUUUGUUCUGUGGCUGGGUGGGAGGAAGACGUGAAGCGUUGUCAAGAGAGGGUAGUCACGUGGAUGGAUGAGAAGCUGUUUAAGGAUGAGAGGUUUGAGAUUGUGUGGGUGGAACCGAGUGUUGAGAAGGCGGAUUUGAUGAAUUUCGACUUCGAUGCGUUUUUGGUUCCGUGA